CUUUCCUCACCGAUACCAUAAAAUAUAUUAGGGUUUCUCUCUAUUGGCACAUCUUUUUUGCCGUUAAACUUGAACUGGCCACAUCACUUCUCAUUCAUCAUCUUCUCUGAUAUUUUCACAAUCUCACAGUGCAUUGAGUUGAAAAUGACGCGAGCUUAUAGUGUGAAGGGGAAGAAGCGAAAGACUAAGGAAGUUGUAGUGAGAGAGGAAGAUGAAGAACAACAAAUCCAACCAAAGAAACCUUUUCUUCAAAGCGAAGAACCAACACCAACAAUACCAGAGAAAGACAAAUCUGCUGGUAUUUCAGUUGAUAAACCAAUGUUACAGAACGAAGAACCAACAUCCACAUCAACAAUAACUGAGUUAAAUGAACUUGAUGGUAUCCCAAUUGCUCCUUCAAUUGAUAUAAAAAAUAGUGAGAAACCUGGUGUCAUUUUCAUUCUCGAAAAAGCUUCUUUGGAGAUUGCUAAAGUUGGCAAGACUUACCAGCUUUUGAACUCAGAUGAUCAUGCUAAUUUCCUACUCAAGGGUAAGAAGAAUCCCGGCAAUUACAGACCCGACAUUACUCAUCAGGCACUUCUAUCUAUUUUAGAUAGCCCUUUAAAUAAAGCUGGAAGGUUGAAAGCUGUAUACAUAAAGACUGAAAAAGGCGAUCUUAUAGAGGUUAAGCCCUAUGUUCGUCUUCCACGAACAUUCAAACGGUUCGCUGGUAUCAUGGUGGAAUUGCUUCAAAAAUUGAGUAUAUCUGCUGCUGGCAAGCGUGACAAACUUCUCAGGAUGGUAAAAAACCCUGUAACCCAGUAUUUGCCUAUUGAUGCCCGAAAAGUUGGUUUUUCUUGUAGUUCAGAGAAGCUUGUGCAUAUGAAAGAUUAUGUUUCAACAAUUCCAUGCAAUGUGGAUCUUGUCUUUGUGGUUGGAGCAAUGGCACAUGGGAAGGUCGAGCAGGAUCACUUGUUAGUCACUGAUGAUUCAUCACAUUCAUAUGGAUGGUUGGUAAAGCCUAAAACUGUUCCUAAGUGUGACCUUUAUUCACUUUAGAGCAUAUCGAGGAAAUAUACACGAGUUGGAAUUUACUAGCAAUGUUUUGCAAAAUGGACUUGUUUUGAAGACAAUGCUUAUUUGUGAUUCUUGGUUGGACCAAACAAAGAAGUGGAAGGAAAUAAUUUCUAAUAUACCAAGGGGAUCUGCCACGUGCCAACUUAAACUUUACUGAGAUGUAUCACCUUCAGUGUGCUUUGCGGCUUCACUAAGAAGAUGACAAUGGGAGCAAAACUUAUGAAAAAGUAUUUUUCAUUUCAGCAAGUUCACAAAUAUAUGGCAGUGACAGCUACUAUGUUUUGUUGGUAGACUAAUACCAACACAUGGUAAAGAAAAGGUAAGAGUUCAUAUGAUGGGUAGUAAGUAGUGAAGAUUAGAAAUGUUUUAGUUCUGGAAAAUAGACGUAUAGUUUAUAUUUAAUUCACUGUGUUUUUGCAUAUGGAAUAAAAGUACAACUAAUUCUCACCCUUGA